AUGGCCACAACGAGCACCAGCCCGCAAACGAUGCCGCCAAGCAGCGAGGGAUGCAUUCCAGAGCAAUCUAUACAGGACGAAAAAGUAAAGCAACGUCACUACCCACUCACAGGCGAGGUGGCGAAGAGCUCGCCGACACCAGAGGCGGAGCUGCAGCGAAAGCGACGCAGCUUCCAGGAGUGCCUCGAGUUUCUCAUGCCCGUCUACCUGCUGCCUUUUGUCUUCAUCGAUAAGGAAGGCAUCUGCAUCUACUGCAUCCUGCUGACCGUGGUGGGCCUCAUGGGCCGCCUGCUUCCGCCAGCUGUAGCCGCCAUGCUGCCGAUCGCCAUUCUCCCCCUGGGCGGCGUUUUUGACGCGGACCACCUGGCCGCUCAAUACCUUGGCCCUUCCGUGCUGACGGCGUCUAUCCUGUUCGCCGUCGCCUUCUCGGGCGACGAGACGACCGUGUUCUUCCGGCUGUGCCUGUACGUCAUUCAACGCUGCGCCCUGCGGAUGCAGCCGCUCUUCCUCUACCUGCAGCUCCUGGUGUUGACGCUGAGCCUGCUGCUUCCCAGCACCAUCAUUGUGGUCUUCAGCACCGUCUUCAUCGACCGCUUCGUCACCACCGUGCACGACGAGAUUGUCGGCGGCGACCAGCGCAGCGUCGUCCGCAUCCAGACAGCCAGCUCGUCGCCGAUCUAUUCGGAGGAAGACCGGCGUCCGCGGUGGCGUCGCGGGAGCAGAGUCAUGAAACCGGAAAGGAGGGCCAGGAGCGUGUCCAUGGUCAGCGAGCUAGCAAGCGAGCCAUCCGGCAACAGCGUCUCGGCGAAGCAGAGUGGAGCGCGCAAGCUGCCCCCCGCGCCGACGCACGGAUCGGUCCAUACGCCCCCACGGGAUAUUGAAAAGGCAAGCUCCACCAUUGUGCACUACAUAUUCUGUUAA